AUGCCUCUGCGCGCGAACCAGACGGGCUUCACCGGCGUGCGCUUGCGCCCGAGCGGAAGGUUCUAUGAAGACAUCUGCGAUGCAUCAUCCUCAAGACAUUCGACACGACGGAGCUCAGCGCGCGCGUACACUGCCGCGUGGCGGCUUGGGCACCCGGCCACCACCUUCAACUUCCGCGACUGUCAUACCCUCGCGGAAGCGGAGUUCAUGGCCGGCGUUUCCAUGAACCUCGUCAACAAUGAGCAGCGCCGUCACCACCGCCAGUGUCACAGCAUAGUAGAGGUAGACGAACAUGCCAUGGAAGUGUGGUGCCAAGCCUUCCUGCAGGACGCCCUGGACAAGGAGGCCUUCUACACGCAGAAGAGGGCCGAACGUGAGGCGGAGACGGCGGCAAAAAUGGCGCUGAAGAUGGAGGUCCGCUGA